AAAAAACAACUAAACGUCACUUCCCACUUCCCGACAACAACCUCGACGACAACCCGUUCGAGAAGAUCCUCCAGACCACACUUACCGAACGCUCACAAAUCACACAACACAACCAUCACAAUGGGUAAGGUCGCCGCUGCCGUUUCCGCGGCUCUGCUGCUCGCCAGCAACGCCGCUGCUCUCGACCCUAUCGUCAUGAAGGUAUGAUACCAUCCGCCACCCCCACCGAGCCUGACAUAUCACUAACAAUUCAAACCAGGGCUCCAAGUUCUUCUACGAGAACGGUACUCAGUUCUACAUGAAGGGUAUUGCCUACCAGCAGGACACCGCCGCCGCCGGUGGCGAGUCCAAGACUGGUGAAUACAACGACCCUCUCGCAGACGAGACUGCCUGCAAGCGUGACAUUCCCAUCAUGGUUAAGGCCGGCACCAACACCAUCCGAACCUACGCCAUUGACCCCAAGAACAACCACGACGCCUGCAUGAAGCUCCUCAGCGACGCCGGCAUCUACGUCGUCUCCGACUUGGGUGAGCCCAAGCUCUCCAUCAACCGUGACAACGCCCAGUGGAACACCGAGCUCCUCGACCGCUACACCGCCGUCAUCGACUCCCUCGCCAAGUACGACAACACCAUCGGUUUCUUCGCCGGUAACGAGGUCUCCAACAACAAGACCAACACCGAGGCCUCUGCCUUCGUCAAGGCCGCCGUUCGUGACUCCAAGAAGCACAUCAAGGACAAGGGCUACCGCUGGAUGGGUGUUGGCUACGCCGCCAACGACGACGCCGACAUUCGCACCAACUCGGCCCACUACUUCAACUGCGGUGACCAGGAGACCGCCAUUGACUUCUGGGGUUACAACAUCUACUCCUGGUGCGGUAAGAACACCCUCGCCGGUGCCGGUUACACCACCCAGAUCGACUUCUUCAAGAACUACUCCAUCCCCGUCUUUUUCGCCGAGUACGGCUGCAACAUCCCCGACGGUGCCGAUGGCCGUAUCUUCCAGGAGACCACUGCUCUGUACGAGAAGGAGAUGACCGACGUCUUCUCUGGCGGUAUCGUCUACAUGUACCACCAGGAGGCCAACGAUUACGGUCUCGUCGAGAUCAACAACGGCGUCGCCAAGACGAUGAAGAACUACGACCAACUCGCCUCCCGUGUUCUUGCUGCCACCCCCGCCGCCGUUCAGAUGGACUCCUACUCCCCCACCAACAAGGCCGCCGAGUGCCCUGGCACCUCCUCCACUUGGGAGGUUCACGGCGAUGCUCUUCCCCCUACCCCUGACAGCUCUCUCUGCGAGUGCAUGGUCAAGUCUCUUUCUUGCACUCCCAAGGACGGCCUGAAGGCUUCUGCCAUUGGCGAGAUCUUCGGCUACAUCUGCGGUGCCUCCCCUGACUCUUGCCGCGGCAUCAACACCAACACCACCACCGGUGUUUACGGCGCCUACUCCAUGUGCACUGACGAGCAGAAGCUUGCCUUCGUCAUGGACACCUACUACAAGUCCCAGAAGUCCGCCAGCACUGCUUGCGACUACGAUGGCCAGGGUCAGGUCGUUUCCCCCUCCUCCGCCGACAGCUCUUGCAGCUCCGCCCUUGCCUCCGCUUCUGCCGCCAACAGCGCCGCUGCCACCGCCACCGCCCCCGUCUCCUCCACUGCCAACCCCAGCUCCAGCUCUUCUGGCAACGCUGCUGCCGGCAGCCCCUACCAGCCCAUGUUCAACUUCGGCGGUUUCGCCAUCGGCGCCUACAUUGUCGCCGCUGGUGCCGUUGGUGCUGCCAUGGUCGCUCUGUAAACGGUCUCUUCAUCUAAUGAUGCUUUGAGGUGGAAAAAAUGGGUGUGCCCAGGAUUAGGGCAGUAUACAUUAUGCGAGCGUGUAGGAUAUCCAACGCAGGCUACCACGGUGCCUCGUUUAAUACAGUCACGACUCGACAGAUUUGAUUACUGGCAUGAGGCUCUUUUGUGUUUCUCACCAUCACAUGGCGUUGGGUCUUCACUGGCAGCAGCUGUUCUGCUUCAUGACUGGCCGACAGAGGUCAAUGUUGUUUUCUAGUGUCUUUUGGUUCGAUGAAUAGAACUUUUUCUUUUUGUUCA